GAAAAAGGCGGAGCGGGCGAGCGGGCGAAGGCGACGGGAAGGACGGCGGAGAAGGAACCUCGCCCGGCGGCGGCGGCGGAGACCGAGCGAGCGGCUGCUGCUGCCUGAGCGCCCCCUCCCUCUCCCCCCCCGCCUCUCGCGCUCCUUCAUUCCUCUCUCUCUCUCUCCUCUCAUUCUCUCUCUUUCUUCCCUCCCUCCCUUCCUUGCCCUCCUUCUCCCCAGCCGGCUUGCGGACCGGGAUGCUGCUGCGGGGCUCCGGGCCGCUCCCCGCGGCUCUCUCCCUCCUCCUGGCCGCGGCGGGGAGCCUCUUUCCGACGCCGGCCGGCGCGCAGAACGCUGGGUUUGUCAAGUCGCCCAUGUCAGAAACUAAACUCACGGGGGACGCCUUUGAGCUGUACUGUGACGUGGUUGGGAAUCCCACUCCAGAGAUCCAGUGGUGGUAUGCUGAAGUCAACCGGGCUGAAUCUUUCAAACAGCUAUGGGAUGGUGCUCGAAAGCGCCGUGUCACCAUUAACACUGCCUACGGGGUGAAUGGCGUGAGCGUGCUGAGAAUUACUCGCCUUAUCUUGGAAGACUCUGGGACUUAUGAGUGCAGGGCGAGCAACGAUCCCAGAAGGAAUGACUUGAGGCAAAAUCCUGCCAUAACGUGGAUACGAGCCCAGGCUACCAUAAGCGUCCUUCAGAAGCCCAGGAUCAAUGCCAGUAAUGAUACAAUCAUCGUUCCACACACUACACCUCCCAUCACACUACAGUGCAACCUCACAUCAUUUCCCAGCCCUCUCACUGACAGCUAUUGGGUGAAAAAUGGUGUAGAGAUUUCGGAUACUAGAGAGAACACAGACACUACCCAGUACAGAAUUCCAAAGCCCAGAGCAGAUGAUUCAGGGGAAUAUUUGUGUGUGUUCGUAUUUGCGGGUUCCCCUGUAGCAAAUGCCACUAUAGAAGUGAAAGCUGCUCCUGAUAUUACCGGGCACAAACGAAGUGAGAACAAGAAUGAAGGACAGGAAGCACUGAUGUAUUGCAAGUCUGUAGGCUUCCCAUACCCUGAAUGGACAUGGUAUAAGAAGAAUAAUGGCUUUUCUGAGCCCAUCAAAAAUGUUACUGGCCGCUUCUUCAUUACCAAUAAAGAUAACUACACUGAACUGGUCAUAGUGAACCUACAGAUCGAUGAGGAUCCUGGCGUGUAUGAAUGCAAUGCAACCAACUCAAUUGGCUGGAAGGCUGAAGAAACCAUCCUGCGUGUUCGCAGUCACCUGGCUCCUCUGUGGCCCUUCUUGGGGAUUCUGGCGGAGAUUAUAAUUCUUGUUGUUAUCAUUGUGGUUUAUGAGAAGAGGAAGCGGCCAGACGAGGUCCCUGACGAUGAUGAACCAGUUGGGCCAAUGAAAACCAACUCCACAAACAACCAUAAAGACAAAAAUCUACGCCAGAGAAACACAAAUUAAAAUAAUGCUAAUAGCUUUAAGUAUGAGAGACUGAAGGGAAUAUCACCGGCUAAAUUGAAUAAUUGAAAUGGUUGGUUUUCAAACUCCAGUCCCAUCUCUGAUGUGUGUUUUUUUCUUUUCAAGUGAGCAACAAUGACUGUCUAAAGCAUGCCUUAUUUAGCCUCUCCAGUAAGGAUGACCUAUCCAACACAUUUAAUAAUGCUUCAGUAUAGAGGAUGUAAACUAUUUUUGGCUUGAUGUGCUGUGACUGUUGCUUUCUUUUCUUUGAGACUAUUAAGUAUUACAAGUAAAAAAAGUCCAAUCAUGCAUGCAGCAUUUUUUACUUAAUGUAGCUGUUAAGACUAGCAAAACUCAAAGAUGCACUGCUGCCAUCUAGUGAUAACUUUUGUAAAAGUACAGCAAAACCUAAAAUAUAUACAGUAUAUAUUUAUAUUUUUUGGGAGGGGAAACCAAAUUACAGUAAAUGUUUGAUUUUUAAGAUGCUGAAUUCAUUCAUUAUAUUCUGUGUCUGAGAGAUAAGUGAAUUAUGUCCAGUACUUAAGAGAAGCUACAUAAAUUAUCCUAAGGGCUUAAUCUAUAAAGAUGGGCUUGGUUAUAUUAUCAAAGACUGCAAGAACUGGAAUAGUUUGAUUGGUGGUGAUGAGCUGCAGUAAAAAUCUUUAGUUUAUAAAUAUUAUGAUUACUUUUUAAGUGAUUUUUUUUUGUUAAAUCAUGUAAAUUUCUCAUCCUUUUGCACUGAUGUGUUCACAUUCUUCUUGUACAUUCAAUUCAGGCAGAAUUUUAUAAUUUACUUUGCUUAAAUGCUAAUGUUAGAGCAUGGUGAUACUCUAUGCAACUGGUUUGUUUAUGUUUGACAUUAAGUUUUCAUGUUGAUUUAAAGAUUGAUUGUAGAGUCACAGACAUAACAGGGUUCUUAGAUUGUGGCAUACCUGUAGAUGCAUGAACUUGUGAUGUGUGUACUUGUUGAAGUGCAAUGAUGUGUAUAAAAAAGUGGAUUCACCUGUUUUUAAAAAUAAAACACUGAUAAAAGC